CGGGAUCGGGAUGUUUGUGACUCAUUUCCGGAAGGAAAAUGUUGCGUCUCGCGGCGGCUCGAGGCUGCCGGAGGCUGAGUGGAACCGGGACAGGAAAUGUAAAACCAUUGGAAGGAGUUAAAAUCCUAGAUCUCACAAGGGUGUUAGCAGGACCCUUUGCCUCAAUGAUCUUGGGAGAUCUGGGUGCAGAAAUUAUCAAAGUAGAAAGACCAGGUGCUGGCGAUGACACUCGAGCUUGGGGCCCACCGUUUGUGGGAACAGAAAGCGCUUACUUCCUUAGUGUAAAUCGAAAUAAAAAGAGUAUAGCGGUGAAUCUGAAGGACCCUUGUGGUGCCCGUAUAAUAAAAGAUCUGGCAUCUGUUUGUGAUGUGCUGAUGGAAAAUUAUGUUCCUGGAAAACUAGCAAAAAUGGGUCUGGGAUAUAGACACAUACAGGAGGUUGCUCCACACAUAGUUUACUGUUCAAUUACAGGUUACGGACAAACCGGCCCAAUGUCACAACGUGCAGGGUAUGACUCCGUAGUAUGUGCUGUGUCUGGCCUUAUGCACAUCACUGGUCCGCAGGAUGGUGACCCUGUUAGACCUGGAGUAGCUAUGACUGACCUAGCCACGGGAUUGUAUAGUCAUGGAGCUAUAUUGGCAGGAUUGCUACAGAAAGAGAAGACUGGAAAAGGCUUACAUAUUGACUGCAACCUGCUUUCAUCCCAGGUUGCUUGCCUUAGCCACAUCGCGGCAAAUUAUCUCACUGGUAGAAAGGAAGCAAAACGGUGGGGGACUGCACAUGAGAGCAUUGUUCCUUACCAGGCUUUUGAGACAAAGGACAGCUACCUGGUGGUUGGGACUGGAAAUGACCAACAAUUUUCAGUUACUUGCAAGAUCUUGUCAUUACCUGCACUGAGUCAAGAGCCGAGAUUCAAGACAAACAAGCUCCGUGUUCAGAACAGAAGAGAACUUAUUGAUAUCCUAUGUGCAAGAUUUCGAGACAAGACAACACAAAACUGGUUGGAACUGUUUGAAGGUAGUGGUGUACCAUAUGGUCCAAUAAACAGCAUUCAACAAGCAUUCUCUGAACCUCAGGUAAUACAUAAUGACCUCAUUUUAGAAAUGAACCAUCCAACUGCAGGAAACAUAACUGUUCCAGGUCCUGCUGUCAGAUUCAGUGACUUCAAGGUUUCAAAUCCAAAGCCACCGCCUCUGAUUGGGCAGCACACCAUUGAGGUACUGAAGUCUAUGCUGGGCUAUAGUGAGAGCUAUAUCAAUGAAUUACUCACAGCUGGAAUAGUCACCCAACAUGCACUGCACUAAAGGCUAGUGUCUCUUACACAAGCAUUUUUGACCUUUCUGAGAUCAACCAACUUCACAGUUCAGAGACGAUCAUUUAUAAUUGCACGUGCACAAAUGAAUCAAGGUAAAUUUCACUGCAGCUUGUUGCAAGACAAAGGUCUUAGCCUUAAUAUAGUGAAAUGCAGAAUGGUUAAUGAAAAUAAAUGAUAAAUGUAACCACCAUUGAGUAAAACACUAGUGUUCACAGACCUUGGCUAAAUGGAAUUCAGAAUGGUUUAUUAGAAAUCUUAAAAAAAGAUGUCAAUUAACUAUACAGAGUGUAUGAAUCCUGUACUGUUUGACUCUUGGAAGUUCAUCUACUUUUACUGAAUGGAAAGUUGACUUCCACAAUUCAGCACAUUGUCUGAUUUGUAGCUGAAACUAAAUAAAUACAAGGGCACUGUGAAACUGCCAGAACCCUGCUGCUAGAACCUGCUCUUAAAAUUGCUUAAGUCCAGUACAAUUCAGCAAAAUUAAUUUUUUUUAAUGACAUAUUUUCAUUAUUGUAAUGCAAACAAAAGCAAUUGAUGACCAAUGUUUAAGAGUUUGAUCUUUGUACUGCUGCACAGUGUUGAAAGUUUACUGAUAAAACUGUCAUUGUAUCACACAUUUCUUACUGGAAUCAAUUAUCUGUACUGCAGUCUGUAAAUUGUUUACAUAUCAUUAGUUUGGAAAAGCUAACAGAUAUUGUCGGAAUAAACAUUUCUAUCUGUU